GCCAUUCGGGCUCGAGGCUAGUCGUUGCUCACGCGGUUUGCCCGUGCCAUGUAAUCACAUAAUCGAUGUCGGCAGAUCACAAGAGUUCUGCCGCGCUUUGGACAGGCAUGCGCCCGGGCAAGAUGCAUUUGUUCAACCAGGGGGGAUCACGUGAAGUUGAGUACCUCCUUUCGGAUCGCGUGCAGAAGCCACGCUCUGUGUUCGCACCUGGCACCAGGAUCAAGAUGAACGCCGUGCCUAUGUUCUUGGGUGUUUUCAUUCCGUGGGGGAUAUACAUAUUCUGUUGCGGACUGACAUCGUUUUCGCUUAACUACAGCAAUCCAAGCUUAGUGAGAGGCCUCCUCGCAUUAGUGUUCGCGGUUUGGGUGGGGGCAGUAUUUGCCGCAGUCUGGACACGGCACAGGAAUCCUGACCCGACUUGGGUGACGUAUUUGGCCUUGGUUAAUGGCAUCGCUGCGAUUGCGGGCACAGUGAGUGGGGAAGUAAGUUUUUCCACGUUCUCGGGAAGCUACUACAGGAUCCGUGACCUUAGGGUUGUGUCAGAUGUCGACGCCAGCUACACCUCUGGGCAGAAUCUACUCGACGCGGGCAUCGUACAUUUUGCGCCUGGGAACCACUUCGACGAUUUGAGAACGUGGCACUUCAAGUACGGCUCCACUUGGUGCGUUGCCCCCCUCGUCACAAAUAGGACGGUUCCGCUGGCAGGGUCGUACGACUUUUGGAUCGUCGGCAAGGACUGCUGCUCGCACGUGGCGUCCGACUUCCGGUGCGGCGCCUGGUACCGCGCCCGCGCGCCAACCGGCCUGCGGGUGGUCGACGACGACGACCUGGCCAUGUACCAGUUGUCGAUGGGCCCGUUUUCCACCACCACCACCAUAAGUUGGCAGUCCAGCAGGCGCAGUCCCUGUACGAUAUCACCGCGGCAAACCCGGUGUUCCUGACCUGGCACGCCGACCCGGAGGCGGAGGUGACCAGCUGGGCGAUGCGGGCCUACAAGCGGUGCACGGCCCCGCGCAGAAGGCCUCGUAAGAAUUCGACCACCAGCUCAUGUCGGAGGUGGACAGAACCCCCAACAGUGACACGUCGAUUAGUGAAUUGUCCGUGUUCGGUUCUCGAGAGGGCGCCGUGGCCGUUGUUUUCCAGGCUUGCGCCCGCCAGGUUUGGGCCUCAGGUCGGUUUCACUAAACCACGUUUUACCAAAGGGAGGUCUGUCCAUCCCCGAGUGGGACAGGGAGGUGGCCUCGUGAGAAUUCGACCACCAGCUUAUCUUUUCUCUGAGGUCCGGACUGAUUUCUUGGAUCGCCGCUGGGCUCCCCUGGCAGCGCCCGCGGCGUCGCUCCUGGCGCGCUCAGCGCGCCAGAGAGGGGGGUCCAGCGCCGAUCCAAGAGGUCCGCGCAGACCACCAAGAUUUGACGUUUAUGCCGUUGUUGUUCCUCUCAGAGGGUUUUCUUGUAGUGGACCGGUUGUUUCAAAGGCUUCUCGGAAGGCAAAAUGGUUUCUGGGACCUCCCUUGCUCAAUUCUCUGGAGGUUACCCCCCCGUCACCCACGCCGCAAGGUACUUGGAGCAGGUGUGGUUCGCCCUGGUCUGCAGCCUUUUUGCAGUGUGCUUGGCCACGAUCAGAUUUUCAUUCUUAGGGCGCGGGCAGCCAGCCUGCACCAACAACCUCCAGAGUGUUUUCGACAAAGAGUCGCCGGCUGUCUAGUACCGGACGUCCCCGUCGCUGAUCUAGAGGGAGGUCGGUGGGUUCAAUAACAAGACCAUGUAUAGGCUAGGUGAUACAGUUGCAGAGCGCAGCUUGAUCAGCAACAUCGGUUUUGAUCGUCGCGUUCCAAAGUAGCGCGAUUGGGACAAGGCAGCGCUCGUUUGUGCCGACAGGCACAUUCGUGUAGCUACCCAAGAUUCCAGUCUUGACGCCAUUAUUUGACUAUGUUCUGCUUGAGGCGCCAGGUCAGGCAGCGGGGCACGCGACCCAGGUUGCUUGGCCUGUUGAGGUCAAAGCACCGCUGAUGUCUUUGAGGUUCUCAUACAGGCUGCCAGGCUCAAGCGUUGGAUUCUCAUUACUGGCAGCCCACUCUCCGAAACGAGCGCGAUCCUCUCACCUCUCCCAUUGCGCGGUGCAAGGUCCAUUUACUCAGUCGACGUCGUGUUGUCUGGUUGGUUGCGAGUGCCG